GCUUAGCUAACAAUACCGCACAAGUCAUAUUUUAGGCAUGUGACGUUUUUUACACCAAUCGAUAGAUUACUUUCCCGCGCGUCUAAUGAGCUCUCGCUAGAGGUAAUAUCGUCCAAUAAGAGCCCGUUAUUCAAAAACUAGUAACACAACACAACUCAUUGGCUGCGCUAACACCGCGCAAGUCAUCAUAACGCCAUAGUAAUUUGGCCGUGCCACGUCGAACCUCAUAAGAUCGUUUGUCGUUUUUAAAAAAGCGGAUUUUUUGUAACGGACUGGUCCCACUGAUGUAGUUUAAAGGACACGAAAAUGGACAAAUUAAGCGAUCAUGAUACCACGCCUGAUGACUUUUCAAGAGUUGACUCUCAAUGUAAAGUUAUUACUUUACGUGACUUACAAAAGAGACGUCAAGUAUUACUUGCCCAGAAGAUGGUUAUAUUAAAAAAAAAACAAGUCGGGCAAGAGGUGAAUAUUGAAAAAGGCUUUUUAUCGAGUGUUCCUGAAGCUACAAAUUCAACGUCUAUAAUUAAUUCCCAUAUUUUGCCUCGUGUUUAUACAGCUCCUGAACCCACUAGUUCUGAUCAAGAAAUAGCUCAGUGUGAUACUUUCGCUAUCAGUAACUCCCAGAAAGAAUCAUUAGAUUUAAUCUUUACCAAUUUUGAAAUGGUUGGAAGUUGUAUAGAAAACAUUGAAAAUCAAGAUAUUAAUAAUUUACCGUAUAUGAAUAUGAUAAAUAACCAGUCAAUUGUGAACGAUAGUAAUUGUGAUUUGAUGAAUAUUUCUACUAGUGAACUAAUAAACAUUUCUUCAAAUAAUUUGAUACUGACAGAAAAUAAUUCCAGAGCUAGUCCAUUAUUUUUACCUUCUCAGCCUGAAACUCCUAUGGAUGUAUCUCUUAACGAAAUGAAUAAGGAAUUAAACAAAACUUUAAGCCUAACCCCAGACGUUGAUACUUGCAAUGAUCCUGAAUAUCAUGGAGAUCUAGCAACAAACAAGAAAAGGAAGAGCACAGUUAAUAAAGAUACGAGGAAAUGGAAAAGAAUUGUUAAUCGAGAUUUAAGAAUGAAGGGACAGGAAUACCUAGGAUAUAGACGAGAAAAAAAAGAAAACAAUAAAAAAAGCAAAAUACACCAUGAUGUCUUUAAGCCAGCUAGAACCAUAAAACCGGCGUGUGAUUCAACAUUUUGCAGGAAAUCAAAACUAAGAAAUUGUUAUAAUAUAGAAGAAGACAAAAGGAAAUACUUAUUUGAAAUUUUUUGGAAAACUAUGUCUUGGGAGCAACGAAGGCUUUUUAUAUGCUCUCAUGUGACAGCUUAUGAUAAAAAACAAGUUAAAAAUCCUGAUUCCAACAGAUCCAAAAGUCUUGCGUACUUUCUCACGAUUGACAACGAACGUCACCAAGUGUGUAAAAAAAUGUUAUUAAAUACAUUGGGUAUUAAAGAAUGGUUUGUCCGCUACUGGUUAAAAACGACAGAUUGUGCUAUGCCACCGCCUUCUGAGAUUUCUCGGAAUGUAGAUUGCUCCAAAAAGAACUCUGAUGGUCACGAGCGUCUACAGCGAUUUUUAGAUAGCCUGCCGAAGAUGCCAUCGCACUACUGUCGAGCAAAUUCAUCCAGACAAUACCUAGAACCAGUAUUUCAAACCAUGGCACAAUUAUACAAAGAAUAUGUCAGUAAAUGCGAAUUAGAUUCCUUAAAAUGUCUUAGUCGUAGGGUUUUUGACAAUGUAUUCUUAAAACAGAAUCUUAGUUUGUUUCAUCCCAAAAAAGAUCAAUGCGAUGUAUGCUGUGGACAUAAAGUUGGAAAUAUAAACGAUACUGAAAUUGCAAUACAUCGCGAUAGGAAAGACAAAGCUAGAAAAGAAAAAGACACUGACAAAGAAUUGGCAAAAGAAGGAAAAACGUGUCAUGUAUUUACGCAAGAUGUUCAAUCAGUAAAAUUAGCUCCCUACCUUCAGGCUAGUGCCAUAUACUACAAGACAAAAUUAUCUGUUCACAACUUUACCAUGUACAAUUUGUCAACACGUGAAGCUUGCUGCUACUGGUUCGAUGAAUCAAAUGGCUCACUUGAAGCUUCCGUAUUCGCAUCGUGCAUUGUGGAUCAACUACAGAUAAUUUUAAAAAGAAAAUUACUACCGGUAAUAUUGUAUUCUGAUGGCUGCUGUGCACAAAAUCGAAAUUCCAUCUUAAGCAAUGCUCUUCUGCGUUUAUCCAUCGAUAAAAAAGUUAUAAUAACUCAAAAAUUCUUAGAAAAAGGUCACACGCAGAUGGAAUGCGACUCUGUGCACAGUGCCAUCGAAUGUAGAUUAAAGGGAAAAGAAAUUUACCUUCCUUCCCAGUAUGCGAAUAUAACAAAGACCGCUAGAGAUAACCCAAUGCCAUAUGAGUCUCGAUUAUUAGAGUUCUCCUUUUUUACCAAUUUCAGUAAGGAUUUAAUUUACAAAACCAUUCGUCCUGGCAGAAAAUUCGGAGAUCCCACUGUUACCGAUUUAAGGGUAUUAAAAUAUAAACCAGAUGGAACUAUUUGGUAUAGCUUAAACUUUGACGAACCUUUGCAGCCGUUGCCUCAGCGUCCAAUGAAAAUUACCAAUAUAAAACCUUUAGAAGAGCUACCGAAAUUAUUUUCUGAAAGACUGCCAAUUUCCCAAAGAAAAUAUAAGGAUCUCCAAGAUUUAAAGGCAGUGAUACCUUCGAACUGCCACUCAUAUUAUGAUGAGUUACCUUAUAAAAAUUAAAUAUUUUUUCAUUAUUAAAUCCAUAAACAUUUUUAAUUAUUUUUAGAAGUAGGUUAAGUAUUCGAACUGUUUUUAUAGUCUUGAAUUGUUUGUGUUAAACGUACCAUUUUUAUUAAAGUUUUUGAGAGUUUAGAAUUAUUAGAAGUUAUGGAAAAAAUUAUAUAAAUUACAAAGCAAACCACCUCUGGUUUCCAUUGUAACUUAGAUAAUUUUAUUGAUCUCAGUAGGUUAGUAGUUGAUCUCGUCAAACAGUAGUCCUAAAAGUCAGUGAGUUCCUAUUAUAAUAUAUUAUAAUAUUAGCGAACCCGGCAAGGGUUGUCCUGUUGGAAUAAGAAAAUAAAACGGCAAAUAAAUGUGAAUUUUUUGAUAAAAAGCUAAUUUAGCAAUCCUUUUUUAUUUUAUUGAAGUUAAUAAUUAGUUUUAUAAAACUGUUUUUGAAAAAUGUUCUUAUUGCGAUAGUUUUUCAUAGAAAUAUUUUUGUUAGAAGCUUAAAAAUAAAAGGUAAAAACACUGCGUAAGUCUUUAUUUUGUUAGAGUAAAACUGCUCAAGUCUUGAAAAUGACCUAAUAAGACGAUAUUUCUUUUAUUUGUUUUUAUAGUUAUCAUGCUUAACUAAAUACAAUAUAUUAAAA